GCACUAUUGAAAAUGGGCAUUCGUGGUGUCACUGUCUCUGAUGUUCGUGGCUUUGGAGCCCAAGGUGGCUUGACCGAGAGGCAAGCUGGCUCUGAAUUCUCUGAAGACAAGUUUGUAGCAAAAGUUAAAAUGGAGAUUGUUGUGAGCAAAGACCAGGUUGAAGGAGUCAUUGCAAAGAUAAUUGAAGAGGCAAGAACUGGUGAAAUUGGUGAUGGAAAGAUCUUCUUGAUUCCCAUCUCUGAUGUGAUAAGAGUUCGCACUGGAGAACGGGGAGAGAAGGCCGAGAGGAUGGUGGGAGGGCAUGCUGAUAUGUCCUCUGCAUUAUCAACUUCUUGAGCUUCCGUAGCUUGACGUUGAAAUGUUUAAUCGUCUUUUAGUUAGGUAUCAUGGCCUUGUUAUAUGUUGAGUUAUGGAACAGGGUCCAAUUUUUAUUUGGAACAUGCUGUCAAGGAGAGAAGAAAAUAAAGAAGAUGUACUUAACGUGUACUUUUGUUUCAGUAAGACUCACAAGUUCCAGGAAAUCCCAUGGUGAUACUUUCUUGGUCUUAUUCUAGUUGAUCUGUUCGCUUCUCUUAUGGAAUUUCUAAUGCUAAGCUAAUAAGAUACUCGUUAUGAUACAUAGUUGGAGAUAUUUGACAAAUAUAGUCAAAUUUCUUUAUAACUGUCAUUCUCUAUAACAAUCUCUCUCUUUGUAUAUAUAAAGGUGAGAAUAGAAAAUGUGACUUGGCACCUCUCAUUGGCCAAGGAUUGUAUU